UUCGAGAGAAUCGAGUGGUGAUGGGCCCAAGAUCCGAAAAUUGGCCUUACUCUCUUCCUACUCCUAAAAUUGAACGUUUUCCCAGAGUCAGCGAUUACGGAGUUGGAAGCAUUUGGAAUGGGCCUGAGACAUUUGUUGAGACGAGUGAAUGAAAUGGAUCCUGUAGUGUGGCACAGGGUCGCCGGUAUUUCUGGCAUGGCGGCUCUAGCUUUGGGAACAUACGGAUCACAUAUUUAUAAACCUAAAGAUGUUGCUUAUAAACAAGUUUGGCAAACUGCAAGUUUGUACCAUCUGGUUCACACAGCAGCAUUGCUGGCGUCCCCAGCCACCAAAUAUCCGCAUAUUUUUGGGGCCUUGCUAACAAGUGGAAUAAUUGCAUUCUCAGGAUCGUGUUAUGUAGCGGCAUUACUGGAAGAUAAAAAGUAUUCUCUACCGGCACCAUUUGGUGGCUUUGCUUUCAUAAGUGCAUGGGCAUCUCUAUUAUUUUGAAAUUUGAACUUCUGUUUUAGUAUACAUAUCGAGUAUAUCCAUGUAAUUGUGCUCGUUUCACUUUAACCAGUUUGAAAUAUGAAAUAAAUUAAAACUUGUGUAUAAGAAUUAGGACCAUUAGUUCCUGAUUUUCUUUUUUAUUUUUGGUAUUUUAUAUAUGUAAGAAUAAUAAAUUCAUUAAUUUGGGCUGCAAAUUAAUUUGCAUAUGGACUUGUAACCACGAAGCCUUCAAUAAAAAGAGACAUACACUUUAACAUCA